GAUAAAGAAAAACAAUUUAGUAGUAGCCGUUACAGUCCGACGCUAAAUGUAGAGAAAAAUUCGCUGGGGUUUUAGUAUUCAAAGAGUCUGAAGGUGAGAUUUUAUAUCUCUGUUCUGCAGUUUCUUUGAAACCUUGAAAGUAAUUAAAACAAGAAUAAACAAGAUAGCUCUAAGAAAAGAUGGAUGAUUCUCCUGUUAAGGGUCUCACAUUGUCAAGCCCAUUUGGGGAAAAUAAUGAAAAUGAUGAAAGUGGUAGCCCUAAAUUAGAGAACUCUAAGAAAAUUGUGAGGAAGCACUACAUGUCACCAACUAUAUCUGCAGCUACAAAGGCUGCUGCUUUAGUUCCAAGAAAGAAAAUCUUGGCUGAUAGAAAUGAGGGGUUUACUUUUUGUAUGUCGCCAAAAUCCUUGGUUGGUUCUGCUUGUUCCGUUCGAUUUUCUUCUUGUCCUGAUACUGAUUGUGAUGAUAAGCAGAAUAGGUUUGAUGGUGAUUCGUCUUUAAGGGAGAAACCUUAUGAUCCUUUGACCAAUUAUCUUUCUCCUAGGCCUAAAUUCCUGCGGUAUAAUCCGAAUAAGAAGCGCAGGAUCUUUCUGUGCGAAGAAAAUGAAAUCGGGGAGAUAAAAGAUGGGUUGGAUUUUGUUAGUACUCGUAGUUCUUUUGAGUCUGGGGAAGUGGUGGAAGAAAGGAUAUUUGAAGAAGUUUGUGUGAAGAAAGAGGAUGUAGAAUUGGUGAAGACUGAUGAUGAGUGUGAUGAUUACGAAGAUGAAGACGUGGAGGAUUUGGAGGGGAGUGAAGAGUUUGAGGGGAAUAAGUGUUGGGGCUUAUUAAGGAUUCUGAAAUUUUUGCUGGUUUUGGGUUCUUUAAUUCUAUCGACUUCCUUUAUAUACAGCAUGAAUUCCCCUGAUCCUUCACUGAUUCAAGAGGUUGUUUGGGAAUUUAGAGGUGAGUUUGUGAAUCAGAGUACUGUACAUGAAGAAAGUGCAAUAAGAAAGGAGUAUUCUAACAGUGGAUUCGAAGUCAAGUAUGGGAAAGCAGAGGAGUCUCACAUUAGUUGGCUGGAUUUGGUAACACAACAAGAUAUAAUUGAUAAUGAGUUUGCAGAAAUAGGUAUUUUUGUAGGCCAUGGAACUGGUAAUGGACUGUGGGAUAGUACUGUUGGAUUGCCUGGAGUAUCAACCGAGAAAUCUGAAGAUGCUUACAAUGAUUGGUUGAUGAGCAAAGCGGAAGCUUCUGCUACAUUACAGUGGGAAGACCCUAGAAAAAGUGAAGCUAAUACUGAUGAUAAAGUGGUUGAUAGCGAAGCUGAUCAGGAAAUGAGAAGCACUGAGGAGGCUUUCAACCAGGUCCAGGGUGCUGAAACUGUAGAAAUUUUUGAAUAUUUUCGAGAAGAUUUGCUUCCUAAAAUUGAGCCUAGCACUGAUGUGAAUGGUUAUGGUAAUGGUGUGGUGGAUAGUGCUGUUGGAUUGCCUGAAGCAACAAUUGAGAAAUCUGAAGAUGUUUACAGUGUUGAAUCGAUUCGCAAAGUGGAGGCAGAACCAAUAAUAAGUGGAGCUAAUACUGAUAUCGCAGUGGUUGAUAGCAAAGCUGAAACCUUGGAUUCUAGCGCAACUGAAUGCAAAAGGGUUCAGGAAAUGGAAAGUACUGAGGAGGCUUUUGACCAGAUGCAGGGUGCUGAAAUCUUAGAAGUAUUUGAAUCAUUUCAAGAAGAUUUGCUUCCUAUAAUCGAGCCUAGCACUGAUAUGAAUGCGGAAAAUGUGAUGAUGGAAAGUAAAGAUAUCAUAUUACAGUUUAAAGUUCUUGUUCUUGCUGUAUCUUUGAGCAUAAUCGCUGCUUUGGGAUUUCUUUAUCGGGCAAGGAAAAGGAAAACUGGUAGUAAAUAUUCUUGCCCUACACGAAACAACAGUGGCAAAGAAGAUUAUUUGCCUCUGGACACACACCAUCAGAAUGCUGAAACUGCUAAAGCAGCUAAUCGGAUUCAAAACAGCAAUGCAAUAUGUGGCACGAAAGAAGAGAAGAUGAAAAGGAUUGAAUCUGCUGUUAGUCCUUCAACAGCGCCAUUUUCCCCAAUGAAAGUAGAAGCAGAAGAGUUUAGCAGGCGGAGCCAGGCUCCUACAGUUGAGUUGCUUGGAGAGCUUGUAAUUGGAGGAGAGGCAAACCGUUCUUUCAGGAGUAUUAAAAGGAGAAGGGUUCUAGACUCUGGAGUGAAGAAUGGCAACAAUCAUCUUUAUACGCAAAUCUCACUGAGCAAGGACCCUAUCGUUGAGAAUCAAAGUUAUUCACCACAGCCAGGUCUCUCCAAUGCAGCGUCUACUUCAUCACAAAAGAAAAAGAGUUUUUCUAAAAAAGAGCAAACCGAAGGUGGGAAAGUGAGUAGUACAUCAAGUCCAACUCCAGUAAGGCGAUCAAGCAGAAUUCGCAGUAAGGCUGUGUCUCCGUGCUGAAUCAUCUCCACCGAAGAAUUCUUUUGGCCUUUGCCACUUGAAACAUCAUCUUUGCUGUUUCAUUAUGAUGGCACCAUCUUUAUUAUAGUGUAAAUUGCUUAAUCUUUUCCCAUGAAUAUGGGACUAGAUAUAUACAUCUGAAACCUCAUCAUAUCUGAACAGACAUAUAUAGUAUUAUAUCAAAUGAUUUCAUCUUUGAUACAAAAAAAAUUAGUAGCUCACAUCUUAUGAUACACAUGUCCAAUCUUUCUAAGUAGUAU